CUAAUCUUCCAUCUUUUACGCACGAGAAGCUUGAGCAUAAGCUAGUUGAAAGUAGAAGAGGAAAAUCCGAUAAUUAUGCGCCUAACGCUUUUAGAAAUAUGAAGAAAGGUUACGGUCUCUGGCGAGAACGAUAUGUAAAGAAUACAAUGGUAAAAGCAAAUGUUCCUACUUCAAAUGGGGAGGUUGUAUUUGUUGUAAAGGCGCGUGUUGGUGCAUCUAUGAAAAGUGUGAGCUACUCUGUAUUUGUUCAUUUAAAUCAGAGAACUGCUGAAGUGGAGUAUAGUAUUUGUAACUGUAAAGCAGGACAAGGUGGAUGCUGCAAACAUGUCGCAGAGUUACUUUACACAGUGUUAGACUUUGUGAACCUUAAGCUUUCUGCUAUUCCUGCCGAACUUAAGUGUGCUCAGCUACCUCAAAAAUGGAAUGUACCAUCUGGCAAUUCUAAAACUCUUGAGAAAGCUGUAAAAUUUGAACACUUGCUUUUUGAAAAGGCUGAUGUAAAUAAAACCAAUGAACAACAUUCUGUAAGAGGUGUUAGAGAGAACUACUGCUUGACACCACCAUAUGCACAAGAACUUACCAAAGAAGACAUCAAAAUAAUGGCAGAUGCCUUUCAAAAAGUUAAUAGGGCAUCAUUGUUAUGCGAAGCAUUUAAAUCAAAUGAAUAUCAGCCCAGUAAUACUUUUGAGACUUCUUGCAAUCAAAUGAUAAAGGAAAAGUUAUAAAUCAAAGAAAAACUAUA